AUGCUUCCCCGACUCUCUCGGUUGACAACGCGUCGACUCAAAGAUGUGACUCCAUCUACAACUGCAUCUGAUCUGCUUGCUGUGACUGGCUAUGUGUCUUACCCAUCUUCUGGCCUAGCCAACUUACUUCCCCUUGGGCUCAGAGUACAACGAAAGAUUGAGAAUAUCAUUCGAUCUGAGCUCGAUUCAAUUGGAUGUGCUGAGGUGUCGCUGUCCAACUUUUCGGAUCCUGACCUGUGGAGGAAAACAGGUCGUAUCAAUAACGGAGAACUGUUCCGGGUGAAUGACGGCAGCGAAGACCCACCCAUUAUCGCCCCAACGCAUGAAGAGGAAAUCACAAAUCUCAUUGCGCAGAAAAUUUCCAGUCCUAAGGAUCUGCCUAUACUGUGGUACCAAAUUGGAAAGAAAUACCGCAACGAAGCCCGGCCUCGUGGGGGCCUUCUGCGUGGAAAAGAAUUCACCAUGAAAGAUCUUUACUCGUUCGAUGUGGAUGAACCACGUGCACUUGAAAGCUACGAUCUGGUGAGAAAAGCCUACGAUCAGAUUUUUGGAAAGUUAGGUGUGCCAGUGAAAUCGGUGGCUGCUGACUCUGGUGCAAUCGGUGGAUCUCAUAGCCACGAGUACCAUGUUAUUGAUGCAUCUGGUGAGGACACUCUUGUCACAUGCUCGUCUUGUGACUAUUCAGCUAAUAUCGAGGUUGCUGAACGAGCUGCUGGUGACUCUGAGACCAUUUGCACUGAAGUCAAUGGCGUUCUUGUGACCCAUGAGUCAAGUCAUGCUGUUAAUCCCAGACUCGUUGAUAGAGCCCUUUCUUCCUAUGGACACGAUGCAUACAAAAUUUCAAUGCUAAGAGAUGGUGUGUCGCACAAUCUAACGACCCCCAAGGAAGGUGAUUCAUGUCCUAAUUGCACCUCGUCAUUGAAGUUUUCUAACGCCAUUGAGGUUGGUCACACAUUCUACCUUGGUACCAAAUAUUCUAAGUCUCUAUCGUGUGACUUCAAGAACUCCGAGAAUAAGCUUACCCCUGCAUUCAUGGGGUGCUACGGCAUCGGAAUUACUAGAUUAGUGGCUGCUAUUGCCGAAGUGUCUCGUGACCAGCAUGGUCUCAAAUGGCCUUCCAAUGUGGCCCCUUACGAAACUGUGGUCAUUCUAGGAGGUGGUGCGACUGAAUCAACGCUUUUGGAUAAAGCUUCUGAACUGGGGGCUUUACUACAAGAUGCUGUUAUCGAUGAUCGGCCAAAAAGAUCCAUUGGGUGGAAAAUCAACGAGGCGAAACUCAUGGGUUUUCCUCAGGUUGUGGUAGUAAAGAAGGACGGAAUCGAAGUUAUCCACAGAUAG